UAACUCGUGACUAAUCUCCAGACUGACGUACUUGACGGUCUGGCAGCCACCCUUUUCGCGGGAGGGCCAUCAUGAAGCCCGAGAACCUAACGCAGCUCCGUCCAUCCCCUCGCUCGAAGAGCCAGAAGAAUUGCGUCAGCGGUACCUGGUAACAGCUUGAGAAAAACACAUGUCAUCCAAGUGGUAACCUUCCAGCUCUUUCAAUAGUAAUAGAGGCAACAGCAACGAACACAUCGCUGCGGCUCAUCAAUCACCAUCGCAUCACAUCGACAUCACUUUAUAACACAAACAGUAGGAUGAUGAAGCUUCGAGCAGCAGCCUUUGUCGCCUUUAUGGCUUCGGCUUCAGCCUUUACGGUUGAUCCAGCCUCACGAUUUGGGAAAACCCAGUUGCAUAUGGUGGCUACCAUGGAAGACACCGCUGUCAAAGCCAAAACACCCACUCGCUUCGACAGACUGAAGGCUGCGUACAAGGGACCCAUGCCCAUUCUCAGCGAUGAUUCCGUCGAUUUCUCCUACGCCGAUUUUGACAAGGCGGUGGCCGAAACUGAAUACUCCUUUGAACGUGAUUCCAUCGUCAAGGGAACAUGCAUCGAAUACGAACCCAAUGGAGGAUGCAUCGUCGAUAUUGGGGCCAAAGCAAGUGCCUUUUUGCCACAAAAUGAAGCGGCCCUCAUCCAAAAACAAGGAGACGACAUUUCCGAUCUGGUCGAUUUGGACACCGAAUUAGACUUUCAAAUCAUCUCGGAUGAGGACGAAAAUGGACAAUUGAUGGUCAGUAUCAGACGUAUCCAGUACCGAGAAGCAUGGGGGAAAGUCAAUGCCCUGCAGACAGAGGAUGCCGUCUUGGAAGCCGAAGUCGUCGCCGUCAACCGUGGUGGAGCCAUUUGUCUAGUCCAAGGUUUGAGAGCAUUCUUGCCGGGAAGUCACCUCACGGGACAGCUCCCCACGGAAGACUUGAUUGGACAGACACUCCCACUCAAGUUCUUGGAAGUCAACCAAGAAGCCAACAAAUUGGUCGUCAGCAACCGAAAGGCCGUCGUCGAACAACAAAUGGCUGAUCUCAGCCGUGGAGAUCUCGUUUCAGGUCUUGUCAAGGCACUCAAGCCAUAUGGUGCCUUUGUCGAAGUGGGAGGCAUGUCUGGUCUCUUGCACAUUUCACAAAUCAGUUACGAUCGUAUCGAUGAUUUGGAAAAGGUCUUGCAACCAGGAAUGCAAGUCAAGUGCAUGAUCAUUGAUCACGACAAGAUGAAUGGACGUAUUGCAUUGUCCACCAAGACGUUGGAACCAGAACCAGGUGACAUGCUCAAGGAUCCCGCCUUGGUCUUUGAAAAGGCAGAGGAAACAGCCGAAAAGUACCACCAACGCAUGGAAGCAGAGCGCAAGGCACGGGAAGAAGCCGCCAGAGACAUCGUCUUGGGCUUGGGUGACUCCUUGGACGACUUGGGAUCUGGUGACUCGGACGACGAAUCAGGAGAAUCAUCCGACCCUCUAGCAGAUGUCUCGGACAGUUUGGAUUCACUCCUCAAGUAAAGAAAGUAAGUGUUUACUAGGAGUUGUCUGUUAGCAAUUUUUUCGGACAUCUUGCUUUCAACGCCAACAACGCAACAAACAAAACACAAUAGAAGGAAGAGAUGAUAGGAAAAUCAAUCAAUCAAUCGGUAUAAGUAGGACUGUUAUAAUUUGCUUUAACUUUACGAGAGCAAAGCUGCUACUAUUACUCCACUUCGGUACGACUGUACCGUACCGUAUCAAUACAUCCAAAUGCAACGACGUGAAUGCUAGCCUUAAGUUUUCCAACCAGAGUCAAUGUCUUUGAGAAAGAUUGAAUGAUUCAAUCAUUCGACGAGAAGAUUGCACUAUGCGAGGCGACUACAGCUCAUAACGAUAACUUGAAUUCUCUAUUUGUUGUUUA